CGCAAUCCCGCCAUGCAGCAGGUAAUAAACACCGAAGUGGUCGAAUUACUCACCGCUAACCGGAUAGAACCCUCCAGGAGCGCAUAGAGCUCACCAAUUGUACUAGUCAGAAAGAAACAAGGAACCUGGCGGAUGUGCAUUGAUUAUCGUCAACUCAAUGCCGCUAGUGAACCCGACGCGUACCCACUGCCUCAAAUCGGAGCCAUUUUGGACCAGCUAAAAGAAGCAAAGUACAUCUCAACCAUCGACUUAAAGAACGGCUACUGGCAGAUACCGUUAGCCAAGAAGUCUCGGCCAUAUACCGCCUUCACCGUUCCCGGCCGAGGACUUUUUCAAUGGAAGGUAAUGCCCUUCGGACUACACUCCGCCCCAGCCACCUUCCAGCGCGCCCUCGACUCUAUACUCGGCCCGGAAUUGCAACCAAAAGUGUUCGCCUACUUAGACGAUAUCAUCGUGCUAGGCGAAACGUUCACCGAACAUAUGACCUACUUACGCGAAGUCUUUCAUAGACUUCAGAACCACAAAAUGCAAAUCAACUUCGAGAAAUGCAGUUUUGUACACACCGGGAUACACACCGACCCUGGAAAAGUAGCCGCG